AUGAGUCCAAUUCCCACUAUUGUGGAGCCGCUUCAUCCGCGCUGGAAACAAGGGCAAGUGGUUGGCAAGCCCACUGCCUCCGGCGAUCUAAUUCUCGAAGCAUGGGCAAUGGGGUAUCUGGUCGGAUCGCUUAUCAUCAUGGUCUUCAUUACGCUGGCGAACAUGCGUCGGGGAGUACUACUGCAUAAAUUGAUUCUCGCUGAACUCAUCUUGGGCAUCUGGCAAGGCUUUUACCUCUUCUUCCACAGUCCUGUGCAUGCGUGGUGGCUGUCUGUCUCAGCAAUCUUCCUGAAUGCGUCCUGGUCACUGCACAACGUCAUUGCCUGGGUGAAACUUAAGCCAUUCCUUUCUAAACCAGUCAGUUUCAUCUUCAUCGGCACGGUUGUCCUGGUACAAGCAUAUUGGGUCCUAGAGAUAUAUGCCAAUUUCGCUUACUUCCAUGGGGUUAAUGAACUCUUCACAAGAACGCGACCCUGGGAAGCACUUUUUAGGGACCCUUGGUGGAUAUCAACCACCGUCUAUCUGUUCUGGGUCAUCCAGACCCAAUAUGAACUUACCGUUCGGGAGAUCGUUCGAAUCUCGCCUCGUUUCGGUAUCAUGCUCUUAGCUAUGAUGAUGAGCAUCAUUUUCGCAGUCCUCGACAUCUGUACGGUUACAGGCGCAUUGCGGUUCUUGGGCCUAGCCACUGGCAUCAACCCUUUCUGGAAGCUAGCUUUCGUCUUCAAGUGUUUGACAGAUUCAGUCAUCCUGGAGGAUUUCAAGGGAUGGGAGAAUCUGCAAGGAGACAAUCACUUCAGAGUACAGCGCUACCGAGCAGAUAAUGCGGACGAGUUCGGCAAACGCAUAUUUUACAACAUGAUGUGCCAAAUUGGUGACGAACUUCAUGAGAUGACUUCAGCUCUGCUAUCAACUUCAUCACUUACCAGAAAUCCCGCUAAUCUCGAUCUCUGUAUGGCACCUGGUGGCUUCACAGCCUCUGUCCUCAAAAGAAACUGCGAUGCUAGGGUGUGCGGGAUUAACUCGAGAAUACAAGUCCGCUUCCUCGAUAUCACAAUGUUGGCGGCCGAAAUGGAUGUUACCGACAUUCCAGUGGAACACUCUGAUGCUAGAAACUUUAUGUUCGACCUUCCCUUUUAUGGAGAAGCUUUCGAUUUGGUUUUCUGCGAUGGUCAAGUCCUGCGGACGCAUUCCAGAGCGGAGUAUCGCGAGAAACGUGAAGCAUGGCGGCUGAUGACAAGUCAACUUGUAUUCGCGCUUCAGCGUGUCAAAGAAAACAGCAAAAUCGUGGUCCUACUACAUAAGCUCGACGCUUGGGAUACAGUAUAUCUCCUGUACACUUUGAGAAAAUUCUCAUCGCUCCAACUGUUCAAGCCGCGCAGGAAACAUGCGAUAAGAUCCUCGUUCUACUUUGUUGCUGAACAGAUCGAACCGGAGAGCCCAUGGCUUCAAGUAUCUGUAACCGCCUGGAAGAAGGAGUGGUACAUCGCAACGUUUGGAUGUGAUACAGAGUAUAGGGACAACCGGUCCAAGUUUCAGGGUACUGUAGAUGAAGUGUUGUCGGAUUUCGGUACGGAGUUGUUAGAACUAGGGCAGUCUAUCUGGGAAGUACAGAGUGCUGCACUUCGCGAGUCUUCGUUCCUCACGUAA